AUGGGCAUCAUAGAGGAAGCUGGGGGCGUGUCCGUGGCGGCGCCGCGGCUGGCAGUUCCGGGCCGCGCCGCGCCGGCGCUGGUGUCGCUGCUGGGCCGCGGGCGGCGGGACGCGCGCAACGUCACCCUGCGCCUGCGCCCGAGCCGCGCGGAGCAGCCGCUCGCCGAGACCAGCGCGCACGUGCGAGGGGACGGGCUGGUGGAGCUGGACAUCCCCUCCGCAGCCGCCGCCGGGGACUACAGCCUGGAGGCGUUGGUCGAGGGAGCUGAGGGGGACGGCUGCCCGCUGCUCGCCUCCUCCCCCUUGCAGCUGGCGGGCGCCGUGCGGGACGUGCUGGUGACGUCAUCCAGGCGCGGCUACCGCCCGGGCGACACAGUGGUCUUCUGGGUGCUGGCUCUCGACUACGACCUCCGGCUGCCGUCGGACGUCUUCGGCAGCGUCUUCCUGGAGGAUCCGCGCGGCGUGACCAUCGCCCUGUGGCAGCAAGUCGCGCUCCAUGAAGGCGUGCAAAACUUCUCGUGCCCGCUGUAUGUGGGGGCGACGCUGGGGCGGUGGCAGGUUCGCGUGGAGGCCGCCGGUAGCGCCUUCUCCACGCAGUUCGACGUGUCGCCAACAGGUGGCAGCACCGUUGGCGGGUCCGCGCCGGAGGUAGCGAUGGCGGAGGAGCACUUCGUGGAGUUGCGCUUCGGCAGAGCAAUGCGCCGCCUCUACAAGCCAGGCUUACCCUUCUUCGGCAAGGUGGAGGCGGCCAGCACGGAGAGGAGCGUGCGGGUGCGCGUCAAGGUGUACGACAACACGACGGCCAUCUACAGCCAGGACAUCGAGAUGUCCUCCGGCGAGGGCUCGUUCGAGGUGCCGGCCAUCCUCGCCGACAGCGACGUCAUCACCCUGCAGGCAGAGCUAGUAUCCGUGGAAGGGAAAGAGAUUGACAGCCAUUACGUGCUUGCAAGGGAGCCAAUCAGAAAGUGGAACUCUUCAUCAGACUGCUACUUACUCAUCGAGGGAGUUGAUCACACGUUAGAGCCGGGGGAGCGCGCGCGCGUGUCCGUGCUGUCGACGUGCGCCUGCGAGCGGGAGCUGCACCACGUGGUCACCACGGAGGGCGUGGCCACGAGCUGGGGCAGCCAACAGCAGCCCGGCGCGCGCGCGGGCGGCGACCGGCCGCCGGAGCAAGGCGUGGACGGCACUGCCAUCUGCCGCCUGGCCCUCAGUCUCGAGGUGAAGGCGGUCAUGGCACCAGUCAGCCAGCUGCUCGUGUACUACGUCACCGACGACGGGGAGCCAAUCAGCGACGUCGUGAGUUUCAAGGUCACGCUGCAGAGAAAACAGGUGUCGGCGCAGCUGGAGCAGCGCGACUACUGGCGGCCGACAGAGCGCCUGGGGCUGCAGGUGUCCGCCGCCGCGGGGUCGCUGGUGUGUGUGCUGGGCGGCCGGGCCGGCGCCGAGACCUCGGACCACUGGAGGACCGCCCCGGCCGAACCCAGCGUCAGCCCCGAGGCCCCGGCGCGCGGCCUGGACUUCCUGGAGGCCGGGCUGUCCUACGUGGAGCAGCGCUGCGACGCCGCAGUUCGCCAGCUCGCCGCGGGAGGCGCCAGGCGCGGCCUGCGCGCCAGCUUCGCGCCGGCCGCUGAGGCCGACCUGCUGUGGCUGGGCAGCUGCUUCAACUACAGCUCGAGCGAGCGGGUGGUCGUGGAGGCGCCCGGCGACCCAGGCAACUGGACGCUGUGGGCCCUCGAGGUGUCCCCCAGCCAGAGUCUCGAGAUGAAACCAAGAUGCUCGAGCGAGCGGGUGGUCGUGGAGGCGCCCGGCGACCCAGGCAACUGGACGCUGUGGACCCUCGAGGUGUCCCCCAGCCAGAGUCUCGAGCUGAAACCAAGAUGGCGUCGUUGUGUUCCUAUCCCUCGCUCUCUAGCAGUGGUCCUUGCGCAGCUCGAGCGAGCGGGUGGUCGUGGAGGCGCCCGGCGACCCAGCUCGAGCGAGCGGGUGGUCGUGGAGGCGCCCGGCGACCCAGGCAACUGGACGCUGUGGGCCCUCGAGGUGUCCCCCAGCCAGAGUCUCGAGAUGAAACCAAGAUGCUCGAGCGAGCGGGUGGUCGUGGAGGCGCCCGGCGACCCAGGCAACUGGACGCUGUGGGCCCUCGAGGUGUCCCCCAGCCAGAGUCUCGAGAUGAAACCAAGAUGCUCGAGCGAGCGGGUGGUCGUGGAGGCGCCCGGCGACCCAGGCAACUGGACGCUGUGGGCCCUCGAGGUGUCCCCCAGCCAGAGUCUCGAGAUGAAACCAAGAUGCUCGAGCGAGCGGGUGGUCGUGGAGGCGCCCGGCGACCCAGGCAACUGGACGCUGUGGGCCCUCGAGGUGUCCCCCAGCCAGAGUCUCGGGCUGAAACCAAGAUGGCGUCGUUGUGUUCCUAUCCCUCGCUCUCUAGACGUGGUACUUGCGCAGCUCGAGCGAGCGGGUGGUCGUGGAGGCGCCCGCUCGAGCGAGCGGGUGGUCGUGGAGGCGCCCGGCGACCCAGGCAACUGGACGCUCUGGGCCCUCGAGGUGUCCCCCAGCCAGGGUCUCGGGCUCUCCCCGCCGGCUCCCCUCGUCGUGUUCCAGCCCCUGCAGGUGGACUUCCGGCUGCCCUUCAGCCUCAAGGUCGGCGAGACGGUCGAGGUGGACGUCCGCAUCGGCAACAACGUCGAAUCGUGUGUGGACGUGACGGCGCUGCUCUCUCUCGGCGAAGGCGCGCACUUCCUCAGCAACUCCUUGCUGUACGUGACGGAGCGGCUGCGGCUGGGGCCCAGGGGCGCCACCUCGCUGGUGGUGCGCGUGGUGGUCACCAGUGGCGGCGAGAAGAACAUGACAGUGGAGGUGACGGGCCACGGCGGCGGCUGCCAGGAGACCGGCGGCGCGCGCUGCAACGGCUCGCUGGUGGGCUCCGUCAGCGCCUCGGCCUCCGUGCUGGUGCACCCUGAGGGCCUGGUGGUCACCCGCACAGAGAGCGCCUACUUCUGCGCCAACGAGAAGCUGGUGGUGUCGCCCAGCCAGAGCUCCAGCUACGAGUUCGUGGCGGCGCCGCGUGGCCGCGCCAGCGUCGUGUUCGAGGCGCGCGUGCGGGAAGGCGCCCACGUCGCGCUGUCGGAGGCCGCCCGCCCCACCGAGGCCAUGCUCCACGUGGUCAUCGGCGGCGACGGCAACGCCGUCACGUGGAUCGGCCGCGGCGCCAGCGGCCUGGGCGUGCGGUUGGCCAGCGCGCGCACGCCGGGCGUCGUGUCGGCCGAGGAGUUCCGCGCCUUCUGGGUCAGCUGGGCGCAGGGGCGGGUCUCCGUGGGCCUGGGCCCGGAGCCGCACAACCGCACGCUGCUGAGCGCCGGGCUGCCGCGCGACCGCGGCGCCCAGGUGCGGCACGUGGGCUUCGCGACCGCCUGGGGCCGCGCCGGCGAGUUCAGGGUGUGGAGCUACAACGACGAGGCGGGCUUCUCGCAAGUGCUGCACCUGGACGUGCCGCGCUCGCUGGUGCCGGGCACGGAGCAAGGCACGCUGCUGGUGGCGGGCGGGCUGGCGGCGCCACUCGCCGCCCGGCGCCAGCCGCGCCACCGCGGCCUGGGGCUGGGCGAGUGCUCCAGCCUGGCCGCGACGGUCGCCUCGUUCACGCAGCUGCUGGCGUCGCUGGAGGCGCGGGACGGCCCGGGCGACGCGCCGUCAGAGCAGCAGGUGGCGCGCUCCCUCAGCCUGCAGCUGCAGCAGCUGCUGUCCUUCAUGAAGCCCGACCACUCGUUCGGCGACCACCAGCUGCUGGCCAGCCACAGGGACUCGGUGGAGGCGCUGCUGCUGCUGGCGCGGCUGCAGGCCCGCGCGAGCGUGGACCCGGGGCUGCUGGCGCGCGUCAGGCGCUGGCUGCAGGCGCGCCAGGCGGCCGACGGCAGCUUCCCGCCGCUGCCAGCAGACCUCGCCCCAGUCGGCGAGCCCGCGCAGUCGGCGCUCAGCGCAGUCGUCGAGCUGACGGCCGAGACGCUGGCCGCCCUGCUGGAGCUGGGCUUCGACAGCGAGGAGGACGCGGCGGUGGGCUUGCGCGCGCGCGGCUUCCUGGAGGCCAGCCUGGCGCGCGUCAGCGCACCGCUGCCGCUGGCGGCGCUGGCGUACGCGCUGGCGCUGGCGCAGAGCGGGGCGCUCGGCGCGGCGCUGGCGCGGCUGCGGGGCGCCUCCACCAACGAGGAGGGCGACUUCGGCUGGCAGCCGGCUCCUGCAGACGACCCGCCGCGCGCGAAGACCGGCGAGCGAGACUCGGACAGCAUUGAAGAAUAUAAGGCAUCUCUUUACACUCUCAUGACGUUCUCUUACCUGGAAGAUCUGAAGUCAGCUGAACCGGUGGCAAGAUAUUUGUUUUAUCGAUCCCACAUUCUGGACAAGCACACUGAGGUGGUGCAGACGGCGGCGCGGGCCCUGGCGCGGUUCCGGGCGCUGGCGGGGGACGGGCGGCGCGCGCUCACGGUGUCGCUAGCCACCAGCGGCAUGGAGCUGACUGACACGGUGCAGCUGCGCGCGCGCUCCGCAGCCCAGCACCUGCAGCUGCCCAGCCUGCCCACCAAGGUGUUCGUGUACGCCACGGGCGCCGGCUGCGCCACCAUACAGGGCCAGGUGCGGUACUCCACGUACGCCCCGGCCAGGCACUCGCCGCUGCUGGAGCUGUGGGCGGGCGUGGAGGACGAGGUGGUGUUCGGACACGACUUGCUCGAGCAGGUCGAGGGCCGGCUGCCGCUGCUUAAGCUCAAGACCUGUUUCAGGUGGAAGGGCUCGGAGCCCUCCGGCGUGCUGAGGCUGGAGGUGACGCUGUUCUCCGGCUUCCACCUGGAGAGCGUCAGUCCGGCCGUGCUGGACAGCUCGGGCAAGAUCACGUCCGUGCAUCACGGAGCGCUGCAGGACAGGAUAUGGUUCGUGCUGGCGAACGUGAGCGGCUCGUGCGCCGUGUGCCUGCGCUACAGCGCGCGCGGGGGGUUCGCCGUGGCCUCGCUGCGGCCCGCCUUCGCGCGCGUGCACCCGGCCGGCCGCCCGCACCUGGGCGCCGCCGCCUUCUUCCACACGCGCCGCGCCAGCCCGCUGCUCGCCGGCGUCACCGACGACGACGUCAUCACGUGGUUCGGCGGCGAGCCCCAGCUGAGCUCCAACUUCUCGAGCGUGUGCGAGUGCGGGCGGGUGUGCCCGGCCGGCCAGGGCGAGGAGACGGCCGCGCGCCGCCAGAAGGCGCAGGAGGGGGCGGGCGACGGGAGCGGCGUCGAGGCGCGCCGGGUCUCGAGCAACACCAGCGACUCGAGCAACACCAGCGACUCGAGCAACACCAGCGACUCGAGCAACACCAGCGACUCGGCGAAGGCGGGCCUGAAGCUCGACAAGACGAGCGAGCUGCUGCGGCCCGCCGAGCACAACGAGGUGCAGCAGAAGGGUCCUCGCACCGUCAACAGGGACAAGGCGGCGGCGGCGCCCCCAGCCGGCAGGAGCGAGAAGCUGAUGGUGCUCGACAAGCACGCCCUGUGGGGGAUGCUGGGCGCCGGCAAGAACAACAGCAGCCGCUGA